AUGGCGUGGUUCAUGUUUAUGCAGAUAAACAAAAGAGAGGAACCAGAUGAGGUUUUAAUAUUUCAUGAUGGGACAUAUCUAACCUUAAAGGAGGUUUUUGAGAGCUUGUAUGGCCUGGACCUGAAUGUUGAUCUAUUAGAUGUGCAUGCAGACAAGAGCACAUUGCAUCAUUUUGAUAAAUUCAAUCUGAAAUACAACCCAUGUGGUCAGAGUAGGCUUCGGGAGAUUUUCUUGAAACAGGAUAAUCUAAUUCCGGGUCUUUUCCUUGCUGAGGUAACAAGUCAAGUGUUUGUAGAUCUUGAAGCGAGUAAAUAUCAAGGAAUUCGUGCAAAAUUAGUUUCCAAAGAUUUUGCUCCCAAGUGGGAUAUUCCAAAUUUGGAUAUUCCUACUUCUGAGCCUGAACUAAACCUGCCCAUAACCUUGAGAGAGCAUUUUCAUGUGAACUUUCUAGUCAUUUGGCAAAAUGAAAUUGCUGAUGCAUUUGCCAAGAAGUAUUCAUAUGCCCAAGUUGUAAAAAGAAUACCAUUAGUUCUUGCAGAAAUUAAGAAUGCCGUCAAGAGUAUACAUGAUAAUGGUGGCGGUAAAUUUUGGGUUCCCAAAACUGAUUGGUUUAUUGUUGUGCUUAAUUCUUAA